UGACCUGACCUACUCUUUUUCUACUCCUACUGCAGCUGCUGUGCAGCUACAUGACCCUUCUUCGCAGCACAUUGCCAUUGUGUAUUGCGAAAUUUUGGAGGCUUUGACUAAAAAAGCUUUCAUUUUUUCGAGCUUCUUCCUCCUCCACCCCCGAAAUAAAAUUCGGGGGCCCAAAAAAUUCGCAAUUUUGGGGGCGCUCGUGGCCGCCGCACUGCCCGAAUUCGCGCGCCUCCCGGAGCCGAUCCCGCGCAGGCCAAGGAAAUGAAGAUUCCGUUCCUCUCUGUGGUUCAAUGAGUAGUUGUGCAUUCGUAACUCUUGUCCAGUUGUUGCUCUCGGGGUUCGUUGCUCCCACUCAAAUUAGUCUGUUUACUGAUCGAAUCCAAAGGUGCAGAUGAGUGAGGAGUACAAUAUGGAUGAGGCCCUGAAAGCCAAAGAUGUUGCUGAGAACAAGUUUCGUGCCCAUGACAUCAGGGGUGCUCGGAAGUACGCAAUCAAGGCUCAGACUCUCUGCCCGUCACUUGAAGGCAUAUCUCAGAUGGUGUCCACACUUGAAGUUCAUCUUGCAGCUGAGUCCAAGAUUGAUGGAGAGAGUGACUGGUACCGGAUAUUGUCUCUAGGUGCCUUUGCAGAUGAAGAGGAAGUGAAGAAGCAGUACAGGAAGCUAGCUCUGCUGUUGCACCCCGACAAGAACAAGUCAGUUGGUGCUGAGGAGGCCUUCAAACUGAUAUCUGAGGCAUGGAGUGUGUUGUCUGAUGAGAGCAGGAAGAUGCUUUAUGAUGAGAAGCGGAGAAAUCAUUCUGUUGUCAACGUAACCAAUGGCAUCUAUACUUAUGAUAAGAAGGCAAACAAGAGAGCUAGAAAGAAUGCCGCUGCUGCAGCUGCUGCCGCCGCCGCUGCAGCCGCAGCUGAGGCUACUACUCGUCCUGUUGGGGCAGAUACAUUCUGGACAUCUUGCAACCGCUGCCGGAUGCAGUAUGAGUAUUUGAGAAUUUAUCUUAAUCAUAACCUACUGUGCCCAAACUGCCAUCAUGCAUUCUUGGCGGUGGAGACUGGAUUCCCUUGCAAUGGAACCAGUUCAUCAUUCUCCUGGUCAACCAAGCAGCAGCCACAGCAGAACCACAAUUCCACGAAGCAUUCAUAUGGCUCAACAAGCAGGACUUCUAGCAUCCCAGGGACAGGGAAUGGGGGGUACCAGCAAGAUAAUACUUAUGAUUCCUACAGCAAUCAAAGCUUCCAGUGGAAUCAUUACUCCAAGACAGCGCCUGCAGCUGGUACUAAUGUUUACAGUACACAGGCCUCAGAGAAACAGAGAAGGAAGCAUGAUGAGAGCUACAGCUACAACUAUUCUGCAAGUGAGAACACAUAUGUCCAUGAGAAAACUGCUUCAAGGCGCGGUCGCUUCUCAAAGCGAAGAAGGCAUAAUUAUGAUGGUUACACUGCUAUGGAUUAUGGUGGCGAUAACAAAGAAACAGUUGCUGCUAGCACAGAACCCACUGCUACUUUCACUGAUGUGGGACGGGUCAAUGGUACUUCAGUGGAAAGGUUCAGAUCUGCAGUGAGUGGAAGAAGAGCUAAUAUUCUGGGUGAGAUUGCCCAGAUCGAUACACGAGGUCUGCUUCUUGAGAAAGCCAAGGCAGCUCUCCGUGAAAAAUUGCAAGAGUUGAACAUCACAUCUUCACGGUUGGCAGAGAAAAGAAGAUCAGAAGCAAAGCUACAUCCUUGUGACAACAACAUUAAGCUCAAUGGUGUCCUCUCUGACAAACCUGGCAAGGGAGUCAAGCUAUGCAACUCAAGAAUUGUUGACACCCAAGUGCCUGGUACGGAUGACACGAAUCCAGAGCAGAGGCGUGUGCCUGUGUCCAUUGAUGUCCCAGACCCUGACUUCCAUGAUUUUGACAAAGAUCGAACAGAGAGAGCUUUUGAUAGUGAUCAAGUAUGGGCUACAUACGACAGCGAGGAUGGCAUGCCUCGUCUAUAUGUAAUGGUUCAGAAAGUCCUUUCAAUGAGGCCUUUCCGGAUCCGCAUGAGUUUUCUCAACUCCAAGUCCAAUAUUGAACUGGCACCUAUAAACUGGGUUGCCUCUGGUUUCCAAAAGACAUGUGGUGAUUUCAGGGUUGGGAGAUAUCAAGUCACUGAAACAGUCAACAUAUUUUCACACAAAGUUAACUGGACUAAGGGUCCCCGUGGGAUUAUCAGGAUUGUUCCUCAUAAAGGGGAUACAUGGGCUUUGUACCGGAACUGGUCUCCUGAUUGGAAUGAGCUUACACCUGAUGAUGUGAUAUAUAAGUAUGAGAUAGUAGAGGUUAUUGAUGAUUUCACUGAGGAGCAAGGGCUUACUAUCAUCCCAUUGCUGAAGGUUGCUGGUUUCAAAGCUGUCUUCCAUAGACACAUGGAUCCCAAGGAGGUCAGGAGGAUACCCAAGGAAGAGCUGUUCCGCUUCUCACAUCGAGUUCCUUCUCGUCUUCUGACCGGUGAAGAAGGCAACAAUGCCCCGAAAGGUUGCCAUGAGCUGGACCCUGCUGCUACUCCGGUUGACCUUCUUAAGGUUAUCACGGAGGUUAAGGAAGAUGCGGCUGCGCAGACUGCUAAAUAGAUGGGGGCAACUCUGAAAACUGAAGAUAGCUAGCUGGAUAUCUGAAUCGUCAGUUCACACUUCCUAAGUGACAACGUGCCAGCACCUGAUGGUCUCUAAAGCUCUACUGCGUCAUCUUAUUUUUGGCUGAUGACUUGGACAAUACUGCCAGGACAAGCAGCUUAUGUGAUGGACUUCUGACCUCUUUAAUUCUUAGGCAUUUCUAACAUUUGAUUUUAUCACUACACAAACGCCACAUAGAUUAAAUGGCCAUUGGGAGGAGGCCACGCCUCUUGCGGCAUUGGUGAGGUGGUUAGUCGGCUGAAGGUAGGAGCCUCAUGACUUCGGUGAAGGCGUUACUUGUUUGUGUUGUUCCUCUGUAAGGCAAUGGUAUGCAGGGCAUACCGAGCCGAGUUUGAGUCCGAGGGAAAGAGCUGCUAGGCUUGCCCAUGUACCCCGCAUUCGUGUACCUGUUUUACUUAUGAUGUUGUAUUUCCUUUGAUCUUAUAGUAAUUCAUCACCGAGAUGUUGGACCUGUUAAUUGUAGACUCUGAUCGAACUCCAGUAAGCAAUCAGAAAAUUUAGUGCUAUAUCAUAUCUAGUGGUGGAUGCUUCUGUC